UCGUUAUCAUUCAUCACUUUCAUCACUUGAAUCCUUUUUUUUUUUCCAUUCAAGUAAAAUCUUGGUCCUCCUCAUCCACAACACAAAGACCAAAUCCUACGCAACGUGUCGUUAAACCAAACCCGCGUGCUCCUUUUCCAUUUCUCAUUUCCUUCAAGUACUUCAGUUCUCAGCACACCACAUCACCUUUGCAGCAGCCUCCAUAAUAUUCCAAUUCAUCACCCUCUUUUCAAUAUUCCCUUAUUAUCGCUUUGAUUCGUUGAUUUUUUUAAUUCUUUACCUCAAUUUUAAUAAGAAUCAGUUUUUGUAGUUUUGAUUUGUUGUAGUAAGAUUAAUUAACUAUUCAGAUUCAGUUAUUGCCAGCUUUGAUUUCUUUUUUUUUUUUUUUUAAUUAGGUUUGCAAGUAAAACCCAAACCCAAACCCCUAGACCUUGGGAAUAGUUUGUGAGUUGUGUUGAAAAAGAAUCGGUUCUUGUCUCGUUUUAUUUCAGAUAAGAAAGUCUUAGAUUCAGAUUCAGUUGUUGACGCUUUGAUUCGUCCCUAGGUCUUAUGGAUAGGUAGUGAGUUUUGUUGUUGAAGAAGAAGAAGAAAAUGUCUGUGGAAAGGUCGUUUGAGGCAUGGGAAGAGGUGCAGCGUCACGGGCAGGACCUAGCUGACCGUCUUGCCCAGGGUUUUAGCGGUUUGAUUCACACGCAUAUGAGCCCUCCGCAAUUCGCGUGGCCGAACCCUCCGACAUCGAAGCUCUUCGAUCUGGAGUUCCCUUCGCAGAACUUUGGGAAGAGGGAUUUCGCUUUGGCGACCCAGGAGUACGGGAUUAAUGGCGUGUCAGCGAUUUUUGACAUCGGGAAUCGGAUCGGUCAGGCCGGGGCGGAUUUCGGUGCCAGCUUGAACGGGCUGGUUCAGCAGUUUUUCCGGUCGUUGCCGGUGCCGAUGCCAUUCAAGCACGAGGAGAGUUCAGUGAGGGUGGAGGGUGGGGAUAAGGGGUGGCAGAGAGGAGGGGUUGUGGUUGCUGUGCAGGAGGAUUUGGGAUUGCUUAGUGAGAGGUUGAAGAAUCGUGGGUUUGCUGAGAGUGUUAGUGGCAGUGGUGGUGGAAGCGCGGAGGAAGAGGGUGGUGGAGGGUUUAACCUUGGGUCUAUUGGUCUUCUGGGCAGGCGACAGGGAAUCAUAAAUUUUACAUCAACUUAUGAUAGUAGAACUCAAGAAGUGGAAGGUUCUUUAGUUGCAAGGGGAGAUUUGUGGAGAGUAGAGGCAUCACAUGGUGGUUCUGCGUCUAGAAAUGAAAAUUCAUCUCUUUUCCUGGUUCAGCUUGGACCUCUUCUCUUUAUCCGUGAUUCAACUCUCCUCUUGCCUGUUCAUUUGUCAAAGCAGCACUUGCUGUGGUAUGGCUAUGAUAGAAAGAAUGGAAUGCAUUCUCUUUGUCCAGCAGUGUGGUCAAAACACAGAAGGUGGCUGUUAAUGUCCAUGCUUUGCCUGAAUCCCCUAGCUUGUUCAUUUGUGGAUCUUCAAUUCCCUAAUGGGCAACUAACCUACGUAUCUGGAGAGGGUCUAAGUACCAGUGCUUUCCUUCCUGUUUAUGGAGGUCUUCUUCAAGCUCAGGGUCAAUAUCCUGGGGAAAUGAGAUUCAGCUUUUCGUGCAAGAAUAAGUGGGGAACAAGAAUCACACCAAUGGUACAAUGGCCUGACAAAUCAUUUUCUUUGGGUCUUGCUCAAGCCUUGGCCUGGAAGCGAUCUGGUCUAAUGGUGAGGCCAUCUGUUCAAUUCAGUGUGUGUCCUACUGUUGGUGGAAGCAAUCCAGGGUUGCGGGCAGAACUCAUUCAUUCAGUUAAAGAGAAACUUAAUCUAAUUUGUGGAUGUGCUUUCAUGACAUAUCCUUCUGCCUUUGCUUCAGUAUCUAUUGGAAGAUCAAAGUGGAAUGGAAAUGUGGGGAACUCGGGUCUAGUUCUAAGAGUUGAUGUUCCUCUCUCCACCGUUGGGCGCCCUUCCUUCUCCGUUCAGAUAAAUAGUGGCAUUGAGUUUUGAUAGCAUUCUGGUGUUUGGUAUCAUCAGUUUUAUAUUUUGCAUGAAGUGUACAUAGGUUUGGUUCCUUGACAGUACUUGCAGGAAAUUAAAAAAAAAACUCCUAACAACAAAGCUUAGUCUUUUUAUGUGAAUAGAAAAUCCUAUUCUGGUAGUGUAUUAGUUUUAGUCUUGUCAUUUUCUAUGGUACAUCCCAAAUCAUUUUGGAGCCUGGUGUACUUAUUGAAUUUCUAAUUAUUUUGAAGGCGUAAUUUGUAAAAGUUAGAUUCAAAUUGUGUUGUGAGAGUACUUGUUAUUUACGUCUA